UAAUCUACAUAAUUAUACCUAGCGAAAUUAUGAAAUAAUUCAUUAUUAACAUCGAUCUUACAUGAUGUAUAGUCUACGUACGAGUAGGUGGAUACGUAUGAGGGGUCAUGCGUCGCAGAUGGAUACCGGAAAUAUUUGAAAUAUAUAUAUAGGUACGCAAGCAAAGGUUCCCUGUUUGAUCUUUUAAGCUUCAUCUAGAGCUGUGGAAACUUUGGAAAAGCUCGAAAGGGUAAAAACAGUUCGUCCUUUACCCCUUAAAUUACAGCCUCAUGGAUUAUGGAAUUCAGCUUCAGUGCCCCGGCAUUCGCCGAUGUGUUUGGACGUGUGAUCUGUGCUUCUCAGUUGUGUACGCGAGUGCAAUUAUUACGAUGUGUGCAGUUAUCGAGUGUGAAUUGUGAGUGAUUCUGUGUCUUGUUUUUGGAUCCGGAGUUGCAUCUAACAUCAUCAGCAAAAUGCUGACGAUGCAACAGUUCAUCAGCAUCACACUAAUCACCAUCACAGCGGACAUCGUUUCAUCUGACGGGGACAUCAGAGAACACCAGGGCCCCCAAACAUGCGGGGGCCGACUGAAAGGCCCCGUUGGGGUCAUCCAGACCCCAAACUUCCCCAACCCGUUCCCCGUCCCUAUCAAGUGCAAAUGGAUUAUCGAGCAUGAUAUCGUGAACGGGACUAUAUCGAUAUAUUUUACGCAGCAGUACACCACUAGUGGGUUAACGUUCACGGAGUACAUGUAUUAUGAUGAGACGUAUAAGUUGGGAGAAAGGCAAGCUCUGAGCGUUACGGAAGAAAACAUCACUAGGAUCAAAUGGUUACAGGUCCAAAGUCCAGUUCUAGUGGUGGAACUGAACCUCGACAGGCUGGAAGGGACGCAGCUUCGUGCCCUGGGGCUAUUGUCCGUAUUCGGCUUCAACAUGACUUACGUAGUGAAGGGUCCUACCGACCUGCCUGGACCGUCGUCUUGCAGUGCCAUUGAGUGUCGACUACUGGGGCACUGUUAUGCUAAGCAUGAUUACGAUGAAUUCUACUGCGCGUGUUUUGAGGGCUACUCCGGGACCGAUUGCGGAGUGGGUCCCCUGUGUCCCAAAACUCCCAACAUGUGCAAAAACGGCGGUACUUGCAGGCAAAUGGGCCCCGCGGCGGUGAGCUGCAUCUGCGCGCCGGGCUACACUGGGGACCUCUGCGAGUCGCAAAUUGCCGCUCCGGAGUGCGGUAUAGAGGAAUGUGCUGAAGGUUGUAAAAGAGGAACUUCUUGCGAUUGUAAUCCAAAAGACACUGAUGUUUCAUCCGCCCGCUUCGAAACAAGACUGCAAAUAAUGGACCAAGCAAAUGUAAACAUAUCUGAAGAAAUCAUUAAGCAGAUAACAAAUUAUUUAAUGGCAUCAAAUAUUACUCUACACGAUGAGAUAGAAAUUUUAAAUAUAAGUUCACCAGAUAUAAAUAACGCACGUACAGUCUGGCUACGUGUUUGGGGGGCACGUAGAGAAGCGGGCGCACUGCGAACCGCACUAGCCCGCCUCGCCGCUACACGUACACGCACCGACCGCCUGCGUCUACUGCCCGCUACGCUGCACUUCGACAUGCAACCUGCGCUGAGUUUACAUGCAUUGAUCGUGAACCAGCGCCCCGAAGUUUGGGAGGGGUCCGAGUUUAUACUGAGCUGUAUGGCGUACGGAUCUCCCGACAUCGAGUUUACUUGGUACAAGGACGGUAUCAAGGUCAAUUUUAAUGGUACUACAAGAGAUAUCUGGACUCGCACUGUAGCAGAAGACGCAUUGGGACGGCGCAUGUCAGUUCUAGGAGUUUCAGAAGCCAAGAGACCUGAUAGCGGAAGGUGGUCCUGUUCAGCCGAUGAUGCAGGAAGGAGACGGUGUAGUGCUCUUAGACUGACCAUCUUACGACCCCCGGAUAUAAGACUUGUACCAUCCAGUCUUACGGUGAACAAGGGCGAUAACGUAAGCAUCACAUGCUUGGCUGGCGCUGGUCGCGUGCACGGAACCCUUGGGUUCAGUUGGGCGCGAGAGAGGACGUUGCUACGCUUGGAGCCUGGACGAGAGGUCUGGGAGGACCUGUAUCCCGCUGGAAGUGUGCUCAAACUCUACAAUAUACAAAAAUCAAGCGAGUUCCGGUGUCAAGUAUCCUCAGUUGCCGGCAAAAACUCGAAAGGAGUAACUAUGUGGGCCCUCGGUGCCAAAGAUGAGGCAUGUGUAAGCGAGGCGUCACACGGCCUGCGAUGGCCGAAGACUGCACCAGGCGCUCAUGCGACAUCGACUUGCCCACCCGGACAUACUGGCGAAUCUACCAGGUUUUGCGAACCGAAGACAACUCAACACGGAGUGAAGUGGAUGCUUCCAGAUUUUUCUGCCUGCGUUGCUGAUUCUUUACGGGAUAUUUAUGAACAGUUUACCCGGAUAUCCUACGGCUACUCUUGGGGUAAUGUCUCAAACGUAGCCCAUCAGUAUGGCGCAGUACUACGUUCUCUACCAGCUCACCCUGGAGAAGGAACCUUACCGCUUCAACACGCGAGGGAGAUGAUGCACUACCUUCUCUCUUCUGCUGGAAAACCAAGAGAUAGACAGGAGAGUGUGGAACAUCUGCUGAUAAUUUACGACACUUUGCUCAAACACCCUGACACGUUCUUGGAUGAAGAGAAAAUCUACGACCUCCAAAACGCUGUAGUAGACACAGCGGCAAUGAGGGACAACGUUGACCUCCAUUACCAAGAGUUCUCAGUGAAGACCAAGCAAGUGCGAGAUGAUGGCGCUGCCCAUUUCAGCUUCAUCCCGCUCGCCGGCACUGAUGAAUGGUUGCUGACAUCCGCUGGAGUGGAGUUGGUGGCGAGGAAUGGGAACUCUUCAGUAGUCGCUGUUCGGUAUCAUAACUUGGCUGCCCGACUACCCUCAUUGAGGCGAUCCGUAGAGUUCAACACGUCGUCUUCUAGGGGCGGGCGUGAGAUGGAGUACCGGCUAGCGUCUGCGCAGGUACAACUGGCCGCCAGCCAAGUGGACACAACCCUGCAGCACACCGUCACACUGCUGUUCGUACAUUCCAGAAACUAUACUGCUAUAGCUUCCAAGCUAGCUUGUGGACUGAGAACAUCUUCUGAACCCCGAAGUUGGAUCAUUAAGUCAUGUGAGGUGCGGAUACCUGAGCCAACGUAUGUGGCUUGUCGAUGCCGUGGGUUGGGCACCUAUGCGCUCUUUACCAUCGCCAGGUCGACCCUUACAGAUGCAGAGAAGGAUUUGCGUGGCGUGGUCAAGAUAACAGUGGGUUUGGGGGGAGCGAUGUGCCUGGCGGCAGCCGCGUUGCAGCUGUUGAGCCUGGUGCCAGGGAGAAAGGCGAGGUUGCCGGUUUUUCUGAAGGCUGCAACGGCCGGCACGCAUUCUGCUGCUAUGCUGACUCUUUUGGAAUGUGACACGAGACAGGAAGAAGCAUGCCCCGGCGCAUUAGGCUGGGUUUGUGCGGCGUGUUGGUGCGCGGGGUGCGCGGCUCUAUGCGCCCAGCCAUUGCUGCUACAGGCUGAACUAGCGGGCCGAGCGCAACGGGCGCCCUCUGUUGGUUUGCUUGCAGGCGUGUGUACACUGUCAUGGUUAACCGCGCGGCUUUGGGGCGGCGCUCCGCUACAACUAGGCGCGGCGGCGCAGGCGGUGUGCGCCGCUGGCUGUGCCAUGCUCACCGUGCUAUGCCUCGCUCUGGCGGUGUGCGCCACUCUGAGGCUUAGGACCAUCACACAUAAAGUUCCUGUCGAGAGGCGGACUUAUUUGAAGGAGAGGCGACGCGUGGUGCGGCAUACACUGCUGGUGCUGGGCACCACGACCGCGGCACAAGCGGCAGGAGUGUGGUGGGCGCAACCUGGCUUGCGGACGCUGCCGCAAGUCAUCGUGCUUUCCGCUGCUGCACUUGCUAAUGGUUUGGCGAUGCUGAUAUGCUACGUCAUUCGCGAUGAAGAAUGCCUGCAGUCAGCACGCAGAGUGUUGUCCCUGCCUUCACAUCGCGACUGGCAAGACUCCCCAGCUGGAGACACGUCACUAAGUUUGUACAUCAAGCAAGGCGGCGAAGUGGAGAGCCGCGGCGGUGUGGGCGUGAUGGAGACCACCUCCUCGCCGUCUCCCAUCUCACCCGUCACGUCUUACUGGCGUGCACCUCGGCUUGAGAGCCCCGCUAAGAUGCAUAGGAGGCAAUCAACACCAGACAGCCGGGCUGACAUAGUCCGAUGCGUCGAAUACAGAGACUCUUUGUUGAGUCCGCAUCGAUACGACCCCCAUCGGAUAACCACCACACAUGCGGUCUGCGACCUCAUUCCCCACGCAGACCUACAUACCUCACCCCUUCUACCCCAGCCUGAAUACAUGGCUAGAGUCUGCCUAGAACUAGGCGUGCUUAAAUCUCCCCCUACAGAAACACCCCACCCAAACGCCCCCCUCCUAACCUGCUCCGUAGACUUUGAACCCUACACAGACAAACACUUCGACACCUCCAAGGAAGCCUGCACGAUAUGCGUGCAAUCAAACCCAGAUGUCUCCAAAAUGACCUCCCCACCAAUAAAAAGUUGCUUGAAAAAGUCAAAAAAAGACUUCAGUUCGAGCAUAUCGCUCCCGUCCAUGGAAGUAAAGGAAGACGCCAAAUCAAAAUCCGACAUAGAACAAGUGAACAGAGAAUGGAAUAAAGCAUACGAUUCGCCCGAAACGGAUCGUAUGCUCAACAAAAUCUCCAACGAUCUAGACUUCUUACUAAACAGGACUCAAGAAAAAAGUAUUCACGACCAAAUAGUAGAGGCCCCAACUUAGAUAUUUUGUAACGAAUCUAGCUUAAAUCACAAUAUGGAAACAGGGGUGCAAUAUGCCGCAUAGCAUAAUAAAUGUACAUAAUAAAUUAUCUAAUUUCUACAAAAUUGUUGUACUAAAACACGCCAUGCCAUGUGUAAAUUUUGUCUCACUGUCCAUUAAAUAAAAAAUAAGAUAUUUUAUUAACUGGAGAUCAUACAAAUCUUUAUAAAGUUUUAUGUAUCGUAAAGAAAUGUAAUAGAUAGUUUCAAUAAAAGAAAGAUAAAUCGGUACUUUAUUUGUAAUGGAGUCGCAAACUAAUUCCUAAAGAAUUGUUUGCGUAUCUAAUCACAAGCAUAUAAUAAUACUGUACUUUAAUAUUAUUAUUACUAUAAGUGUAAUAUUUGUUUAUACAGGUUAACUAAAAAACGUACCUAACGUAAACGUAACAUCAUUCAUGAUAACUUUAAGAUUGUAAAUAAAGCUAGUCAAAUUGUAUUUUUAGCUUAUCGUGAUUUGUGAAACACUUAAUUUUGGGUUUUAAACUAGUAGUUAAAUAGCUUUGUUUGCAGAAUUUUAUUAUUGGUAUUGAGACCCACAUUAAUUUCUGCAAAAUCCUUCAUUGUUAUUAGCAUAUUCACUCAUACACGGGUGCUACUAGAUCCCCUUAGGGUCAGUGCAGACCAAGCGCAUCGAGUGACGGGGAGGUGUAAUCGAGGUGGGCGAGUAGAGUCACAGCGCGGCGAGUGGCGGCUAAUGCACAUUUAUAUGUACUUACGUGAAAAUCUGUUGGCGCGCUUCUGCGACUCGUGCGAGGAGCCCUUAGAACGCGAUCAUUUUCAUUUAAGUUACAACUUCAACGGUUGAAGCUGUUCGAACGGAUCGUGCAAUUUAUGGUUGGAGUUCAACCAUAAGUUAAGUAAUUAAGUUUGAAUUAUGUAGGGCGCCUCUCGGCGCCAUUCCACUUCGUCUGUCAGCUAUAUUGUAGAACUAUUUUACUGUCACUUUUGACAAUUGUUAAAAUCUUAUUUUAUUAACAUGAUUUCAAAUUGUAAAGACAAGAGAAAUUCUGAAUUGAAAUUCGGUUUCUGAAAGGCGGAGGCUCUUUUUACGCUCGUAAAGAUCAGUAUUAAGACAAAAGUAAGACCAAAAGCAGGAUACUACGUAUGUGACUCUACCACCGGUUUGGAAUGCAGACUCUGCUGAAAAGAGCUGGCAAGAAACUCAGCAGUUGCUCUUGCUUGCAUUGAAAACGAAUUUAAAACUUACAUUCAAGGUCUCUGCAACAGAAAUACCUACCUAUGCUAAGAAAAUAUGAUCGUGCAUUAGCCUCAAUUUUACCAUUUAUACGUAAAACAUGACUUUUAGUAGCUAAAAUAUUUUACUUACAUUUUUAUACUAACUUUGGAUUCCGUCUUUUCCUCAUUCUAUUGUGUAGCCCGUUUAAAGAACUGAUUAAGAUUAAUGGUAUACUUAUAUCUACUUCUUAUUUCAUAUUAAUAUAAUCAAUCUAUAGUGCGCGACAGGUUAGAUGGCAACCGGGGUGGGGACGCCCCGCACACCCGCACAACCCCGCGCUAACAUGCUGCGGGUGAGCGCGAGAAACGUGCAGGUCCCUCCGCCUCAUACAACGAUUGCCAUCUCAACCUGUCGCGUAACUUACCUGUUCCUGAGAAUGAAUAAGGCUUAGCGUAAACUGGCCGUACGCCUCCGCCACUGACUUUAAUUAGCGGUGCUCACUUGCACCUAUCAGAUAUCCUAGUGAGAGAGAGAGAGAGAGAUGGAGCAGCAGUGCUGCUAGCAAUGCGCCUUCGCAUCUAACCAUGUGUAACAACGGCCCGUUUGCGCAACCCUUAAACUUAAAUGUAGUUUUUGUAAGUUUCUUAUUUGUUUAGUAUUAAUUACGAUCAGACUAAAAAUAGUACUAAUAUAACACUCAUUUACGCCAACACUUUACCUAAGUGGAAUACUAGGCCCGAUAUCCACCAAAGUGGAAAUCGACAGAAAUGUCUGUAAGGCCUGGACUCCACCUAAGCGGAGCCGAGACAUAAUAUGUAUACAACCAAUCAGAUUUUUAAAAGAUGACGAUAAUUUUUCACGUGUUCUGUUAUGAAUCUGAUUGGUCGACUAAACGCAUCUCUUCUCCUCUCCGAUUAUAGGUAAUAGAUAUACCCAUCUACGAUAUGAAAAGAUAUUAUCACGUCAUCUUGUAUGAUUGGUAUAUUGAACACACAAGAGCCUUAGAGGCUUACAUACUAUACCUAUACUAAACCCACCUAAUUUUUAUUUAAAGUAGAUACUUAAUUUUAAUACUAAUCUAAAACGAAUGUUGUUGAACGAUGUUUUUAAGGUAUAAAAACAUCUCGGUAAUAUUUUUCAGUUGUGGAAUAUAACCACAGAAUAUAAGACAUAGGUUACCUGGUAACCUAGGUCGGCCUAGAGAUACCCUCAGUUUUCGCUUUGAAUUUUACUUUUCCAUGUUUCCAAAUUCAUACCUCCUUUGAAUAUUGAAAUUAAAGACGAACAAACAGAUAAAUAAACUCUUCGAUCGAUAGUAUAAAUAGUAACCAUUUAAGUACUAAUACGUAAUACGAUGUCGCUUUUUAAACAUUUUUAACGUUUUUUCUUCUACUCAGUCAGUUAGUAGUAAUGUGAAGUGAGUAAACCCUAGUAUUAUUAUUUUAAUGUUUGUUUUAAUAUUAUGAUCAGUAUACGAAGUACUUAUAAUCAUAUAUUUAAUUAAUAAUUAAUUAAUCGGUUUCUUUAAUUGAAAAAUUAAAUAUUGUCCAAAAAGACGCCACCUUGUAAGUGAACUGUAAAUAUUAGGUAUACAUAUUCUUACUGUUUGUACAUACGUUAGAAUUGAAUCUAAACGAAUUAUAAUAAUAUAACAUUUUACGUUAAAACGAGUACAAUAUAUUUUUUAUUUACAAUAAAGUUUUUUACUAUUUA